GCGGCGUCUAGCCUGGGAGCGGCUGCUCCAGCGGCAGGGCCUGGUGGUCGGGCUGCCUGUCCUUCCCUUCCUUCCCCGCCCAGACUCGGAGUUCUGCAGGAGGGACCGGAGCCGCGGCGCUAGGAUGGGAAACAGUGCCCUCCGCGCUCAUGUGGAAACCGCGCAGAAAACUGGUGUCUUUCAGCUUAAGGACCGUGGGCUGACCGAGUUCCCUUCAGAGUUACAGAAGCUGACGAGCAAUCUCAGGACCAUCGACUUAUCCAACAACAAGAUCGAGAGCCUACCGCCUAUGAUUAUAGGGAAGUUCACGCUGCUGAAGAGCCUCUCCUUGAACAACAACAAACUGACUGUUCUUCCUGGUGAGUUAUGCAAUCUGAAAAAACUAGAGACGCUAAGCCUAAACAACAAUCACUUGAGAGAGUUGCCGUCUACCUUUGGGCAACUGUCUGCCCUCAAGACCCUGAGCCUCUCUGGGAACCAGCUGCGAGCACUACCACCCCAACUUUGUAACCUACAGCACCUGGAUGUGGUGGAUCUCUCCAAGAACCAGAUUCGGAGCAUACCUGACAUAGUGGGGGAGCUGCAGGUCAUCGAACUGAACCUCAACCAGAACCAGAUAUCUCAGAUCUCAGUAAAGAUAUCUUGCUGUCCUCGCCUUAAAGUUCUUCGCCUGGAAGAGAACUGCCUUGAGCUCAGCAUGCUUCCACAGAGCAUCCUCAGUGAUUCCCAGAUCUGUCUGCUUGCUGUGGAAGGCAACCUUUUUGAAAUAAAGAAACUUCGAGAACUAGAAGGCUAUGAUAAGUACAUGGAGAGGUUCACAGCCACCAAGAAGAAGUUUGCUUGAUGUUCUCCACAAGCAUGGGAAUCCUUAUAGGACGUUGAUUUGGAACCUGCUGCAAUCUGGCUGAAGCAAAGGCUCCUGUUGCUGUCAAGGAUGUCUGCAGUAAGGAGCUGAUACUCCAGGAGAUUAUAUUGCAUUUGAUCUCUUUCCUUUCCAGAGUUUACCUUAAAUAAGCUAAAAGGAAUCAACAGACAGGAAGAAUUCUCCGUUUUGAGUCAUGAAUAGGGAAAUGGACAAUGUUGAUCUUCAAAUCAUCAUUAGUUUGGUUUUAAGAAACCAAUAGCUAGUUGCUAUUUAUACAGUGAAGGGAUGCUGCCUGGUAAUAGAAUAGCUCCACGCCACAGCUUGAAAUUUCAUGUGUAGUUGCAAUGAGUGAGCUUUCAUAAAAUCAGCUGCCAUCCCACUUCUGUGUUAACAUUUCCCAUUUUUAUGAUAUUGAAAUAACUUGUUGAGAGGCUGCUAUGGUUAAUCUAAGGAUCUGUGUUUUGUUCCAGUCCAUCAGUUCAAUUAUAGUAUUUAUACUUGGAAUUUAGGAUGUACAUAAAUGUGUGACUGUCUUGAUUAAAAGUGUACCUUGUCAGAGAAGCUUCAAUACAACACUAAGAUGUUCCCAAGGCUGCAGUAGCAACUUCUUUACUAUUGUAGGUGCCUUACUGGUAGAGGGCUCUGAAGAGCUAAAACCAUAUAUGCAAAACUUGUAAGAUACAAGGGUUUUAAUAAUCAAGAUUUUCCUGAAGUUUUGUUAGAAAUAAUCUUAUUUCUGGUAAUCCUUUUCUCCUUUUUGUAUUUUAUAACUCUACUAAUCAAAUUACCUGUCAAAAAGCAACUAUAGUAUUUUAAAACAACCUAUGUUUAUCAAGUUUAUUCUCUGAAUGAGAGAAUAUAUUAAAUAAAGAAUUUUUAAUGAACUUUUUGGCUAGAAGGAAGGUUCAUCCUUUAAAAGAAGACAGGAGCCCUAACCAGUUUGGCUCAGUGGAUAGAGCGUCUGCCUGCGGACUCAAGGGUCCCAGGUUCGAUUCCGGUCAAGGGCAUGUACCUUGGUUGUGGGCACAUCCCCAGUAGGGAGUGUGCAGGAGGCAGCUGAUCAAUGUUUCUCUCUCAUUGAUGUUUCUAGCUCUCUAUCCCUCUCCCUUCCUCUCUGUAAAAAUCAAUAAAGUAUAUUAAAAAAAAAGAAGACAGGAAAACUAACUUGUAAAUGGCCUUUUGUUUGAAAAUAAACUGACUAGGAAGAAAUGUUUCAUGUUGAGGUUGCAUAAGUACUGCAAUGCCUUCAUGUGACUGAUAAACAUCUUGUGGUAGUGGAACCAUGUUUAUUAAGAGAAACUGAAGGUACAAAGUUAGAUGGUUUCAAAUUGUUACUGAUAGGAAUAUUUAUAAAGCUACCACUCUGUCAUUUUUUGAAGUUUUGUCUUGUCCAAGGGGCUAUUAUUUACAAUAUAUUUACAGUUCUUGUUUUACGAACCUAGUUUUAUCUUUAUGUCAAGAGAUCAUAGGAGUCUAGUAUUUAAUCUAUAUGAGGAAGUUUCUCUGACCUUCAGUCUGGUCUGGGUUUUCUUUUUCCCAUGUUAUUUUCUGUUUCUCAAUUUGGGGAGGAAUAGUUUAUCAUUCUUGAGUUUUAUUCAAAAAAUAAACUUUAAUGCUUAAUCUUA